UGUCCCUGCGGGACGCGGGCGCCCUGAGGGGAAGGGAGGGAGGCGAGGAGCCGCGCGUCACGGUGUCUCCUCAGGCUGCCGCUGCCGGGCCCUGGGCCGGACCCUGGGACAGACAGACCGGCGUGCGGGGGCUGCCUGCCGGGCCGGGAGCCGGGGGCGCGCAAGACUGUGGAUCCUAAGACUGCCUCCACCCAGCGCCCGGCCCAGGGAAGAGCUUGCGGGAAACCGGGAACCGCAGCGUCUGGACCUCUGCUCUGCGCCGGCUCCUAGCACCUGCCUUAGGUUCCCAGACCCCUCAUGACCUGUUGCCUUGGGGUUGGGGGUCAGAUUUGUUGUGCCAUUUCCGAUUUCCAGUCAGGAUGAAAUGUCAGUGGUUCCCUGGCCAAGCUAGGAGCAGAGAAUAGGUCUGGAUACAGCACCGCGUGUAUUUAUCCAGCACUUACUUGGCUCUUUCUGAGUGUCAGGCCCUGUGCCAAGCCGUAGCAGCAUGAAGAAUGGCCUUGGGGAGCCCCUGGGGCUAAGAGGGACAGAAGGAGGAGCAAUUGCAGUGCAGGGUAGUGCGGAAGACACGAGAUGGAGAAGAGGACGGUUAGGAAGCCAGGAAGGCUUCAGAGAGGAGGUGACCAUUGACUGGAAGUCAGAGGGUUUGCCAGGCUGAAAACUGUGUUGGGGGUGGGAGCAGAAAUUCCAGGUGGAUUUUCUUGUGUGAAGGUAAAGAAACUGAAAACGUCCAGUUUCCUGACCUAGAACAUCAGAUAAUUCUGCAGCAGAUAAUGGAGAAGGACCGAGUCUUGUUGUAGGCAGGAAAUGAGCUGUCGACAUGGCAGGGAGCUAAAACAUGCACAGCCCUUAAAGUGCAACCUUAGAAUAUUUAGAAUUUUAUCCUGGAGUGAAGGAGGGCCGUGGAAGAAUUCUGAUCAGUGAUCAGGUCACUUUGGCAGCUGUGAGGACAAUGGAUGGAGGCCGGAGCAUCAGAAAGCUGCAGGUAAAUAAAGGCAGCUAAAGCUGACUGCUUGUUGUGCAAAAUCCCCCUGGCUCUUCUGGCUAAAGUCCUACCACUCCCUGUACCUGGCAGCCUGUCUUCUGGGCCUCACCUACACACGUCUGGGUAGGAGCCAGUUGUCUCCAUCCAUCCACAGCCAUGAAUUUCCUCCGUCGACGUCUCUCUGACAGCAGCUUCGUGGCCAACCUGCCUAAUGGCUACAUGACGGACCUGCAACGCCCAGAUAGCUCGACCAGCUCACCUGCUUCCCCGGCCAUGGAGAGGAGGCACCCCCAACCCCUGGCUGCCUCCUUCUCCUCUCCAGGAUCCAGCAUUUUUAGCUCCCUCUCCAGUGCCAUGAAGCAGACCCCUCAGGCUUCCUCAGGGCUAAUGGAGCCUCCAGGUCCCUCCACGCCUGUUGUUCAAAGACCCAGGAUCCUGUUGGUGAUUGAUGAUGCCCAUACAGACUGGUCCAAGUAUUUCCAUGGGAAGAAGGUGAAUGGAGAGAUCGAGAUCCGAGUGGAGCAGGCUGAAUUCUCAGAGUUGAACCUAGCGGCCUAUGUGACGGGGGGCUGCAUGGUGGACAUGCAGGUCAUGAGAAAUGGGACCAAAGUGGUGAGCAGAUCCUUCAAGCCAGACUUCAUCCUGGUCCGUCAGCACGCCUAUAGCAUGGCCCUGGGGGAAGACUACCGCAGCCUGGUCAUCGGCCUGCAGUAUGGAGGACUGCCUGCUGUCAACUCUCUCUACUCUGUCUACAACUUCUGCAGCAAGCCCUGGGUGUUCUCUCAACUCAUUAAGAUCUUCCAUUCCCUGGGUCCUGAGAAGUUCCCGCUUGUGGAGCAAACAUUUUUCCCCAACCAUAAGCCAAUGGUCACAGCCCCACAUUUCCCGGUGGUGGUCAAGCUGGGACAUGCCCACGCUGGAAUGGGAAAGAUCAAAGUGGAAAACCAGCUUGACUUCCAGGACAUCACCAGUGUGGUCGCCAUGGCCAAAACCUAUGCCACCACCGAGGCCUUCAUCGACUCCAAAUAUGACAUCCGCGUCCAAAAAAUUGGAUCCAACUACAAGGCGUACAUGAGAACCUCCAUCUCUGGGAACUGGAAGGCCAACACAGGCUCUGCCAUGCUGGAGCAGGUAGCCAUGACAGAGAGGUACAGGCUGUGGGUGGACAGCUGCUCGGAGAUGUUUGGCGGCCUGGAUAUCUGUGCUGUCAAGGCUGUCCACAGCAAGGAUGGCAGAGAUUACAUCAUAGAGGUAAUGGACAGCUCGAUGCCGCUGAUUGGAGAGCACGUGGAAGAGGAUAAACAGCUGAUGGCCGACCUUGUUGUCUCCAAAAUGAGCCAACUCCUGAUGCCAGGAGGCACAGCGCCCUCGCCCCUGAGACCUUGGGCUCCACAGACUAAAUCAGUGAAAUCUCCAGGGCAAGCCCAGCUGGGGCCUCAGUUAGGACAGCCUCAGCCACGCCCACCUCCGCAAGGAGGCCCUCGCCAAGCUCAGUCUCCUCAGCCCCAGAGAUCUGGAAGCCCCUCCCAACAGAGGCUCUCCCCACAAGGCCAGCAGCCCCUAAGCCCCCAGUCGGGAUCUCCACAACAGCAAAGGUCACCAGGCUCUCCGCAACUAUCCCGGGCAUCCAGUGGCAGCUCCCCAAACCAGGCCUCCAAGCCAGGUGCCACCCUCACCUCACAGCCCCGGCCCCCUGUGCAGGGCCGCAGCAGCUCCCAGCAGGGUGAAGAGUCCAAGAAGCCAGCACCACCCCAUCCACAUCUCAACAAAUCUCAGUCCCUGACUAACAGCCUCAGCACAUCCGACACCUCCCAGCGUGGGAACCCAAGUGAAGAUGAGGCCAAGGCCGAAACCAUCCGCAACCUGAGGAAGUCUUUUGCCAGCCUGUUCUCUGACUAACGCCAUCCAGGCUGGGACGGGAAGAGUGCUCUGCUACACUCGUCCCCCUCCUGCCUCAUCUUCCUUCUCAGCCUUGGUUCCUGAUGGGAACAGAAUGGAGGGCCUGAGAACAUACUUUCUAAAUGCCUUUGACCCAGGAUCUGAUUAUCUAUGUUUUCCCAUUUUCCUUUACCGUGACAUUCCAGCAUUGUCUGACUGAGAGGUGGGCCUUUGAGAGCCUCCAGGUUCCUCAAAACAGGCCUGAGAGAUGGGUAUCACAUCCCUCUGCCUACCCACAUGCCUGCUUCCCUGCCAGAUAACCAAGUGAGAUGUCUGCGAGUGGCUAGUUUUCACAUUUCUUAUUAGCAUUUUGCUCACCUUUGGGCAAAGGCCUCCUCUAGGCCUUGCCCCACCUCCAUCAAAUGCAGACACUGUAGUCGAACCUCAGCAAUAUAGGAGGCAAUAAUCUUUUAACAGUGUUUUGCAAACAAAAAGAGAAAAUCCCAGCCAGGGGAACUCACCACCUGCCCAUGCUAGUUCCAUCCACGCUCAAGACCUGCGCUUAGACCAGGUAGGCAAAGGCCCCCAUCACAUCCAGCCACUAGUGGGGUCCUGAGGCCAAAAAAGAAACCAGACCCUGUGUGACAAGUGGGGUCUUUCAGAACACAAAAGAAACAGAGGGGCCCUUGUAAUGCCACUCAUACCCAGAGCAUUAUUCUUAUUUGGACAGCCAAGAGCAGAUGACAGGUUCUUGUAGGAAUAACGACUAGUUCAUAGAGGAGAAGGAGGCCCUGGACUUCCCAAGAAAAAGGGUUAGGUUAGGGCUCCUGUACCCAUUCUGUUACACCACUGUUUGGUCUCUCUGGCCUCCCACUAGGGAUGCCAUUUCCUUUUUACAGCUCUACUGGGAACCAGAGAGAAUCAACAGAUCAAUGCCAUAGGAUCCAAAAUGCAAUGAUAGUCACUUCUAGUGUGGCAUUUCACAAACUCUGUACAGCAAGAUGUUGGUAAGUUACUCAGUUUCAAAAUGGCCCCAUGGUCAAAUAUGUUUAGGAAUCAGUUUGUAUUUCUUUUUUGGAGAUGCAUUGUAUAUAAUAUACGUCAAAGGCUUUUGGAAUUCCUGCAGGAAAGAAAUCAGCUUUGUUAAAUCCAAACUGAUUUGACUCAACAAGUUAGUUGCGGAGCUGGAAAAAGUAGUCUAACUCCCUUCCCAGAGAUCUUUCCCCCAUACCACCCGGCCGUUCAUGCUCAGAUAGGGUUCAGGGGUGAUCCAAAUCACCAAGCACCUGGUGCUAGAAAUAUUGUAGGUGCCAGAAGGUCUCCUGGUCCCAGAGAGACCAAGAAGCUAUAACAUAGCCAUGCUAGCCCUUUACCUCCCACUUUGCAACCCGAGAUAUGUCUUCCCCUUGCUGUCCAUAGGGAAGGGAGAGAGGGAAGUAAAAAUGGAAGUGGCUCUGGCCUGGAGCAGCUCUAAUUAUGUCCAUAAUGUAGAUUGCUUGGUAAUCAAUCAGCUGAGAUCCAUCCAGGCUCCCAGGAGCAUAAAAGCAAUCAUCUCCUUUUUGGUCCUCCAAAGCCAAACUGGAGUGGUUUGGGGCCGGAGACUCUCUCCUUCUGUGGGCAUUGAGUCACUUAGAACUCUCAACCUCAGAAAAGCCUGCCUUCAAGCUGGCUUUUGACAGGCUAUUGGCUGGAGACUGGCUCAGUAUCAAAAGCACUAGCUGUGCACCUGGCUGUCAGAGAGCCACUUGGCCUUUAGGGUGGUCAUCUCCACAUUGCCCUCUUCCCUCACUCAUGAUCUGGUCAGUAUUUAAGAGCAAGAGAGCCCAGGCUAAUUCAGAAGUCCUCUCUCCUCUUGUUCAAGACCCUUGGUCUUGGAUUCAAUAAUAAGUAGUAGACCUAGCAUAAGAAAGAUCAGAUAGGUCCAAUUGCCAGUGACCACUGGGAGCCAUAAUUUGGCAGCUGGAGACUGGCAGGCUCAGGCCUGAUUAACACUGGCAAGGAUCGGCAGCAAAUAAAAUAGCCAUGGUAUGAGGUGAGAGGUGAACAAGCAAAGGCCUGGUAGUCUUUCCAGUGCCCAAAAAGCCCACCACCCUUAUUCUGUCCUACGUUUGGCUGAGUUCUGUGUUACAGAACAGUCCCUGAGUGUCUGGCAUGUCUGGAGCUCACUGUGCCCAGUAACACAUCUCCCUUCUUUUUGCUCAGCCUAUGCAAAGCAACAGAACUAGUUUGGCCAGGAGCUGCCAGAAUCCUUUCCAGAGGCAGUUGAGAUGAUGCAGUGGGCAGUCAGACACGUGAAGCGGCUGCUUUGCAGGUAUCACUCUCAACACAUUCUUCUAGACCCCCAAGGUGGUGGAGGUGGGGGUCCCGGGGUCAGUAUUCCAGUCAUGGUUGGGGGAGGUCAGGUGAUGGCAGGGAAUAGAUCAGACCAAUUUACAGUCUGGUAGAACUUUGCUUCAUCCUCCUGCUGCUGCUCACUUAAUUCUUUUACCACUCCCUUGCAACCUCUGAAGAAAGCCAAGUGGGGCAUAAGGAAAAGAGACAGGAGGCGAAAUUCAAAAUGUCAGAUGUGGGUCCUUUUUAAGCUAUUCUGUUAAAAGAAGUUUAACAGAAGAGAGUAUAAAUAUUGAUGAAUGUGAGGUCUGAUGAUUCGCCAGUGGUUCUAGGAGUCCCAUUACUUACACACACACACACACACACACACACACACACACAUACAUGCCUGGAUAAUAACUGGGAAUUGACAAAUGCACGUCCUAAAAUCCUGUAGCUUCAUUAUCUGUUCAUAGUUCUCUGGAGACCUGCUUCAAGAGGAGAAUGGCUUCCCCACUUGUCCCUGAGAAGAUAGGGGUCACUAGUAUAAUUCACAUGUUGAGAGAACCAAAAUACCAGCCUCUCAGGCUUGAAGGUUCCAGGGUGCUUCUUUCCUGACAAGGGCAGUUGAGGUUCCCCCAUUAGAAGGACCUAGAGCACUACUUAUAACAGCAGUCUACUACAAGAUUCGGACAGAGAGAGCUAUAGGAGUUGAAGUUUGGUUUCUUCCACUUAAAAAAGAAAAUUCACCCUUCUUACUCAGGGGUAGACCUUUGAAAUAUUAAUAAGUAAUGCCAUUUGACAUCCUGAAUAAAAGGGUAAAACUUGUAGGGCAGGGUGUGACCAUGAGGUCCACAAGUUUCAGAUUAAGAACACAGGAAACACCUGUGACAAUUGUCUCUCUUCAACAAUCUCACCCAAUUUUCACUUAGUAAUAAAAGAUAGCUCAAAACACGUAACUGAGUGGUAAUAGGCUGGACAAAAUUUCUCAAAGUAUGGACCAUGGCAAUGGGGAGAGCUAGUUACAAAGGCGGAUGAAGCUUCAUUUCAGACCAAAGGAGUCAGAAUUUCUGGUCACAAGAUCAAGAACCUGCAUCUUUGUCAAUCUCCCCACUUUAAAUGCACUUAGAAGUAAGACCAGCAGCCCUGAGCUGGGCUGUGUGGGAAAGUCACUGAAUGAGAAACUAUGCUACAUGUAUGGAUGUGCUAUAGUCUCCAAUGCAGCUAGGAACCCAGCUUUUUAGUGAGUAAAACUAGUGGCCCCUGAAUAAUGACUGCAUGGCUUAAAUUUUCCUAUGUUCCUAUAUUCUGUCCCUUGGCCUCAGACACACCUCAGCAUUCAAAGGAUACUCCAGUAUCUGUGUACUGCAGUAGCAGAAACUCCUUCCAAACUCCAAAUCAGGCCAGGCAUCCUGAUUUUUAUAAUCAUGCACAUAUAUAUCCAGAUCCAUGACAUGAUGCUAGUUUAUAGCCAACACAUUUAAAUCAUUUUCCCACUGGUCUGUGUAUGAAUAUAGAAACCAAGGACACAUAGGCCUCAUGGCAACCACAGACCCCCAAAAUAGUCUGUUUCCUCACAGAGGCUAGCACAUGUUCCUUCCAAAAAUAUAACCUUUAGUAAUUGUGACAUUUUGAAAUGGGAAAGGGCAAAAAGGAGGGAGAGGGGAGUCAUGCUAUAUAGAUUCUAAAACGUUAUGUUUGUUGUUUUUUACUUUGUUUCACAACUUUGACCCAGAGAAAGGUUAGCAUUUUCCCUCCAAGCUGACUCGGGGAAGCUGAAACACAACAAAGGCUUAUUUGCUUUCUGCACAAUAAGCAGGGAUUUAAAAACGCAGCCUUAGUGGACAACUCUGCCAGCCAGAGAACAUUUCUUCCAGCUCUUCCUCCUGUCAGCAUGAUAAAAUGGUACUGUACUUUGGUUAAAUGUAAAAUCAGCUUUCCAGGAACUGUGGAAUAUCCUUUCUCUUCCAUCAGUUCCUUAUAUUCUCUUUAUUACUACAUUCUCUAGCCUAACAUUCAGUCCCUGCUGAAUUAACUACUAUUCAGACCCAUUCAGGCUAGAACUAACAUUCAAUUCUUUCUUUCCAAAAUUUAAGGGAUGAUAGCUCUUCACUCACAUGGUAACAAACACAGCAGCAAACCCCAUAAAACUGAAAAUCAGCUGCCUUCUGGAAGUUCAUCUGGAUUCCCUGUGAAAGGAGUCCAGGGGAAAGCAAGCUAGUGCAGGUGUCUUGUGUAUGACCCAUAAGAGUGACACUCAGAGCACAUUGCAUGGCACCCAGCAGGUGUUUAGGACAUGUUUUAGUUUGGCCCUCCUAGAAAACUAUGAAAUAAAAUCCAAACAAAAGUAUUAAGAUUGGAGUAAAAGGAUGUUUUUCUAAGAGCAUCAAUAUAUGGAAGUCACUUGCCUAGGCAUCGAAUCAAACCAACAGAAACCCAAUCAAAUGAGAUAACUGAGAAAAGAAGCUGAAGAAAAUCAAUGGCAGGUUUUCACCCUCAAAAAGAGUUCUAGAUUGAAUCUGAAAAAGAAUGGGAGCAGGCAGAAAGAACAUGAGACCACUCCUUGGGGCCCGUAAGGUGGGAUGACUGCAGGGCUGUGAGCCGCAGGGGAGUUGCCAUUGUCAGCAUUGGUCAGGGAGGUUCUAGUGAGCAGAGCAGGACAACCCCACAGCUUACACAGCAAAGGUCCAGGACCAAGGAAAGGAAGUACACAGACUGUGCAUCACACAACAGAACAUAAGUUUCCAAACAGCACAGCCUCAGCUCAAACCAGCCCAGGAGCACACAGAGUCCUUGCAGGACCUGCCCCUUCCAGCACCUGAGGACAGACUAAUCUCUUAUGCUUUAUUCAACUUCUUAAAACACUGGUGGCUCAUUUUACAUGUUUUGAAUUGGUGGAAGGAUGCAGGUUAGUCAUGGGUUAAGCUCAUUAAGUCAGCCUUGCAGAUACAAGUGGUGGCUUAAUUAUUCUGGAGAUAUGGCUCAUUGCAUAAGAGCACUUUCACUUGCGUCUCUGCUUUUCCUUUAUCCCAGAAGGCAAGCUAGCUGGUUACUAACUAUACUAAGUGUCAAAAGCUGUCCUAGACUCCUAAGUUGCUGCUGAUUAAAUUGUUUCGGUCUAAUAGAAGGUAGCACUUUUGGUUUGGUAAAAGACAAAUUGGAAGGCUGGGCAACAAGCAAGUUAAAGCCGUUCAUUGAUCAAACACAAUGCAUAAGAGACACAGAGGCUCCCUUCUGUUUCCAUGGACAAGACACGCAGCUGAAAGAGAUGAGAUGUGGACACUUAGACCUUGCAUUGAGAUGAAUUAGCAGGCCAAGAGGAAAAGAAGAAAGUGGCUGGGAAAUAUUUCUUGGAACUGGUGAGGCAUUCCUGUAAGGGAAAUCAAUCUAAAACUAAACGUUCUUUCUACAACACAUGUAUAAAAUACAUUUAUUUUAUAGAGACAAGGUUUUGCUAUAUUGCCCAGGCUGGUCUCAAACCCCUGGCCUCAAGCAACCCUCCCACCUAGGCCUCCCAAAGUGCUGGGAUUACAGGUGCGAGCCACUGCAUCUGACUACAUAUGUUUUAAUCCUUGAAAAUUCUAAAUCCCUUUCAUUAUUUUUAUACAGAUUGGUCUUCUCAACUGUAAUUUGUUUCCAGACUCUCAUAUUCUAAGUGUCUGCUCUCCACGGUCUUUCACUGAGUCUAGAGCAGGAGCAAGGUCAUAUUUCUUUGGCACUCAGUUACCAUAUUAUGUUUUGCUAUGGAAUAGCAGAAACUAAGUACUGUAACCUGUUGGAGAAUCUCAGGAGUGACAUUUAAGCUAGUCAGUUAAAUAUUUCUUCUAUGUGACUCACCCAGUACUUCCCAAUAAUCUUAUCCACUCCACAUCUUCUACAGUCAACUGAAGACUACCCAAAGAAGCACUGCUCAUGCAUAUGGCAAGCAGAGCACUGGGACCUGCCCAGCUCCUCUCUGAAGCUCUGUAAUCACGCAGCUACUGCCUAGAGUAGGAGAAAGGCAAGCCUUAGUGGUGGGCCUUGAGAAUAGUGAGCAAAAAGUAGAAAUGUCCAGCUCUGCUAAAGAAUUAGAGGCAAUAAGCAAAGCAGUGGUCUCAGGAAUUGGAAAGACCCAAGCAAGAGUCGAAGAGUCAGAACUCAACACUUUUUACACAAGGAAUCUCAAAAUCUUAAGUUGGAAGGACACCUUCCAUGAUUUGAUUCCCAGACAUGUCAAAUCUGUAUCUUUCAUUUAUAAAUGGGGGGAAUAGGGCAGAGGAAGCCCCUGUUAAUAAAAGUAAAGGGAAAAAUAAAGGGCUACAGAAAGUCGUAGGACUACAAGUCAACCAUGUCGAACCACAUCUUACUAAGAUGCUUGCUAUGGCAUUCUAACCUCUCUUGCUUCCAUUAUAAUAUAUCCAGGUGAUCUCAGAAAAUCAUGCAGUGAAUAGGUUAACUGCUAAACUAUUGUUUCCCUCUCAUAACACACCAGCAACACAAACAGCUCAACAGUCUCAGUUGAAUGACAAGAAUGUAGGAUUUCACAAGCUUCUAACUAUAAAGUCAGGUUUUCAAGAGGAAAUGCUUUGAGGAUUGUCUUAAGAAUUAGAAAAAACUAUUGUCAGAGAUCUGCAAAUUUAGGUUUAGGCACACUGCCAAUAUCCUAAACUAAAAGAAAUUUGUAACAUCUGUAAGUUAGUCUGAGAUGAGGAUGGAGAGCAGCACUAGUAUUCACGGGACACCAGCACCAUCCAUAGAGUUCUCAAGGACCACUCAAAAAAGACUGCGUUCUGAAUACCUGUUUUAUAGUAUUUGGUGCUUCUGGUCGUCACUAUGUCCUCCCAUGCCCACUACACACAUACAUACACCCCCUGCAUAGUGCAACAUUGCAAAGCCACAAAGAAAACCAGUAUAUUGACCCAACAAAGCUUCAGGAGGACCUUGUUAAUCAGACCCAGUUAAAGCCAUGCGGCAUCUAAUUAACACAUUUUUAAAAGGCUGUACUGUAGCUCAGAUAUCGCAAAAUACCACAGAAAGAAAUGUUAACAACCCCCACCCUUUAAUAUACAUUAAGCUACUAAAAGUAACAUGGCCUCAAGAAAAUCAUAUUGACUGAAUUUUCUUCACUGUGAUGAAAAAAACAAACUCAAUAUACAUGUGUAGCAAAAAAAAUUCACUUGUAUGUAGGACUCAAAAUAUUCUUGCAGCACAUAACAUUCCAAGCCAUUUCCUUACAUGCAAAACAGAAUUUUUAAAAAAGCAGGAAGACAUUGGCAAUAUUCCUAUUUUCUGCAGAUGCUAGUAGUGUUUUAUUCCUACGUUGUGAUUCAGAUUUUGUCACUAUAGCAUGUUUCUAUAGUCAUUUGUAUAAGUCAUUUGUGUUUGGCCUUUUUCUUGUUGUAGAAAAAAUAAAUCUUGAAUUUUGUGUAUUUAAGUCUGAAAAGCAAAAUAUUCUUCAAAUAAAAGGAGGCUAUCUUUGAAGAACAAGUA